UCUGCAACUAAAACCCAGUAAAAACACAGACGAUACGAUAACAAUCAGGUGUGAUCAUAAUCAUUUAACAGUGCAGGAAAUGGAAUGCAAGUGUCUUGAUAAGUUGUGUUAUAGGAACAGCAAAAGCACAAAAGUCACAUUUGAUGAUCUGUGCGUGCCACGUGAACUUUAUUUAAACAAAAUUCACUUUUCUCUCCACGUCAUAUCUUAAUAAAUCCAUGGUAUUGUGACUGUGUGUGAAUGUUUGGUAACCUCCUCAUUGUGAAGACAUGUUCACAUUUUAGGAUUAAACGUUGCAACAAUAACACGUUCUGCCUCAUCGACAGCAGUUGAUGUAACCUGAUCUCUAUGGCCACAUUUCAUGAUCCGCUAACAAGAUAAAUGCAAAGAAGCGGAAAGGCCUCGCUUCUUCGUCUCUCUCAUUCGUAACUCCACCCCAUUUAUCCAAUCAGGGUUGUUAAGUGCGUUUGUCCUCCACUUUGCUUGUGCAGCUUUGUUUCUCUGUCUUCUGACUGUCCUCAUUCCCAGCUGGACCCCGGUCCCUGCUGACUUUGUCUUGCCGGAGGAUAAUUUGUCCAAACAGAAAACCAGUUGCUCAGUGAAUUCAGAUAGCCGGUGUGAGGCGGCAAUAAUUUGGCCAUGUCCCUCACUGAGCUCAUGUGUUUGGCCUGUCAUUGUUCCUCCCCAGUCCCUUUAGUCACGGCUGGGUUGAUGCUUUCCUGUGUCCUCAUCAGACACUGGGUUAAUCACAGCCCUGGGCAAGAUCCUAUCUCCAAAAGUCAUCUGAGCCUGCACUGUAUUUAUGUUUGUACUUAUGUGUACGUAAAGCAAACUUCUCUGUGCGUUUGUUUGUUGUGUGAGUGAAGCUGGUUUUGCAAGUCGUGGUAUUUACAGUCACAGGGAACUUCAGUCUUAUUAUGCAGAGGCAGGAGUUUUACUGAAAACAUUUGUGGAGCAGCUUUAUCUGUAUAUAUGUCCUCGUUCUAAGAGAAUAUGGAUCAAUAGGCGUUUGGCAGAAAGCCUAUAGAGCAAAAGUCAGUAGUGAAGAGUUUAUGCAACAGAACUUUAGAGAACCCUACAUUAAUCAGACAGAGGCAGUUUAUAGCGUCCGCCUGUGCUUUAAACUCACUGUCUCCAAAUGCACCUAAAAGGUAUGUGGAUCAGUAUCUAUUUUAGACCCGUCCAUGGGAAUUGAAUUAGGCCACGAGGUUGCUGGAUUUCCCCCAUUGGGUAAAAACAGCACACGUGAACAUGUCUGAUAACAUUAAAAGUGAGGGAAAUAAAGAAAGUGACUUAUACAACACCAUGAGGGCUACACCACAGUAACUAGUAAUUCACCAAGGUCACGGGUGCACGCGUUCUCUGUUAAAAAAAAAUGCACCGACACGUUCAUAAAGAUUGUAUGCACAUGUGCGCGCAAAUAACCACCGACAUGCAUUAUGCAUGCGUGUUGUCGAAAGGAGAAUAUUCUGCUUUUGCCUGCUUCGCUUGAGACGGUUUGUGUGGCGGUUACUUUAAUCAUGAGUUGUAAAUCACACUCGGUGGCAUGUAUUGAUCUGUGGGACAGGUUUGUUCAGAACAGAGCACUGGUUGGUUGACGGGAGCUUCUUUCGCCCCCAUGCCUUAUUCACGUCUUCUCUCUUGUCUUCUCUUCUCUUUUUUAGGAGAAUGAGAGGCAGCACGUUAGAUCAGCGCAACAACGGCAUGCAGGCUGGAGGGGGUUGUCUGGAGGAGGUGGGGUCUGUCCCAUGUGUCGAGUGCCUGAUGGAGAGAAGAGGGGCACAGCACACUGAGCAUGAGAGGACACAGAGCGCGAUGCAGACGGAGACUGCAGGCAUGCAGCAGCACCGAGCGGCAUAUAUGUUUAAAGAGGCUGCAGCAGAGCGCGCUAUUGACGAGGUGCGUUGAGAAUGAGACCCUUGAAUACCUGAGAUUAGGGAGAUGUCGAACAUGUGACCGGACAACGAGCCCCAGUGACUUCGAGGUCGAGUUUGGGGACCCCUCAUCAUGGUGUCUCUGUGGAAUACUUAUCUUCUCCUCCCCCUUUCCUUGCUUCUCCCACUUCCCGCCACAACGUUAACUGGAGAAAAUGUCAAAGAAACAAACACCAACACGGGCGUGCAGGUUCUCACACAGCCACUGCGUGGACCUCACGUAUCUGGCUUAUCAACAGGUAAUCCUGUGUUUGGAUCUGAGAAUGUUGGCUUCCUGGGGCCCUCUUUGAACUGGCCUUUAUCGUCAUCUGAGGAAACAGAUAGACAAGGUGUGAUUGGUGAAUACAGUGACGUACAGGAGGGCACUGAGGUAUCUGUGUUACAUUCUAAUGAGAAGGCGCUCAUCAUAUCUAGACCGACUGGGAGUGCUACACAAAACGCUACCUACAAGGAGAGUGUACAAACAGCACGGUCAACAGGAAGUUUACCACCUGAUCCGACCCAGAAACGAACAUUAAAGUAUCCAUCAGCUGAGACCGACGCUGCAUCCGUAUUGCAACCUACGCAGGCUGAAGAGAAUCAGCCCACAUUCUCAACCUUGAGGAACGAGAUGACUGAUAACCAGUUACCCUCUCCUCUGUCUGGUUCACUGCCAUCAGAAACACCAGAACAAAACACAACCCUGCUGCUGUCUGCUGGACCAGGUCCUGGCCCUGAGCGCCCUGAGCGCCCCGCUUCGCCGACAGCCGCUGACAUCUGGUCACGGACCACAGCCGUUUCUGUUACCACACAGGGAAAAGGAAAAACACAGGACGGGAUUAUGUCAGUGAAAGAGACUGGAGAUGGAAGGACUGAUAGUACUGAGCGUAUUUUGCAUGGAGGAAGUGUCGGCACUGAGGCAGAAGAAGAUGUCUCCAAAAAUGAGGACCUGCAUGUAUCAAGGGCCAACGGAACAGUCUCGGUUGACCACAACUUGGACACAUCUACCACGCACAGCAAAGCAUCAAAUCAGUCCUGGACUCCUACUUACCCAGAUGACUUUACCCCCACUGAGUCUCUGCGCCCCUCUCUGCCUUUCAGCCCUGUGCUUUUGGUCCCUCUGUAUUCAGACUGGAACUCUGCCCUUGCUACAUGGGGAUUUGCGUGGGAAGCACACAUAUACGGCCUUGGGUCAGUCUUCACUGCAUUUGGCCUGAUCUCCGUGGUCUGCCUCCUAGGCUUGCCCCUGCGGUGUCCACCAGGAUGUCCUUACUUCAUGUUACUGCACUUGUUCAUGCUAGCGUUUGCAGGGAUUCAAGCUUUCAGUUUGCUCUAUGAUCCUUACAGCUACCAAGAACGUCUUCCCCCUCUAGUCUCUCUGCUGCUCUCUGAAUUAACACUCCCCCUUUUGAUCUCAGCCUUCUCCCUCGCCUUUCUUCUUCUUUCUGUGCGCUCACGCAUGCAUCUCUCACUCCCACUUGCGAUUACCUCAUUCUCGGCAUUGCCCAAACCUUGUCUGUUACUAUGUAUGUCUCUGUCGCAUUUUGUUAUCUCUCUAGGAUGUGUUGGCGUUCUCGAACUUUUCCACAGUCUCCCUACUGUAAUCCUGCUAUUCCCGCAGAGUGUGUUUGUAUGCCUCGCCAUCUUUCUGUCAUGCUCAUACCUCAUCUUCUACUGCUUAUCGCAUGUCAACACUAAACAUAUUUACAGGCUUAAUGACAAUGGAGAGGGUGGAGGAUCUCCUGAAGUGACACGACCUACGAUUUGCCCCUUUGCUAAAGAGGAGGACUGGGAUAGGGCUGCAGGAGCUGGAGUUGGAACUUCGUUGUGCUUGUUAGGGUGUGGAGGGCUUCAGCUUUAUGGGAUCCUGCAUGCCCUUGGUUUGAGUGGGAUUGAUGGCUAUGGGUUUCAGCCUUGGCCCUGGUGGGGCUUCCAAGUAGGCUGCAGACUCUGUGAGAUUGGGGUGUGUCUAGGUUUGUCUCUCAUUGGCGCGCACCCUCUAUUCUGCCACAACAACUCAUCCAUCAAGACCCUAACUCAUCCACGGCCAGGGUCCUGGUCCCGCCUGUCCUGCAGCUCCCCUUCCAGAGGACUUACCUUGCCCUCUCAGGGUGGUGCAGAUUCUCCCAUACUCUCCUCUCCUGACUCCUGGUCCAAGCAUAAGCAGGAAAAACUGGUGGUCUGUGAUGUCACAAAGGGGCAGUCAGAGGCCCUUCCUCUUUGCUCAAUGGCAGAUCCUCCUAGAAAUGGACUUGACUGUCUCCACACGCCCUCCCAAACCCAUACCAUUCUACCUCUUCCUAUUCCCUCAAAUCCUCCGCACAACCUUGAAAAUAUAGCUGAGUCUCAGUUGUCAUCAUCUGAUAGUUUAGGUCUAGGGACUGACUCUACUGUGGACCUGCGGCCCCCGUCUCCCAUAGACUUGUCCCGAAGUAUUGACCAAGCUCUGUUCAGUGAAUCCUUAUUCUCUCAUAGUAUUUUUGGUCCGCCAAGGCUAUUUCCUGCUUCUUCAAGCCUUUCCUUGAACUCCUCAAGUCAAAAUACUUCAAAGCAAGGACCAAGCGCUGUGGGGAAUACCUUUUACCGCACCUCUUCUUGUGGAGACGUGGAUCAAGAGAAUGCCCUGUCCUGUUCUUCCAGACCUUCCCAACCACACAGCAGUUUGACGCCUCACAGCAAUCCACCAAUAUCACCAGAGCAAUGGGAUUGGAAAGAAAGUGUUACGGGCUCAACCCAGGGUCUGUGCAGCCAUCCCAAAGAAACAGGGAAGUUUCGCUCAAAUUCCUGGGCCAACAGAGGUCAGAACUUUGCCCCGAGCAACCUUCCACGGGCAAUCCCACACCUGUCUUACAAGCGUUACAGAACCCUGAGCUUAGCCUCCCAGGACAGUCAGGGGUCUGGGCGACUGGGUGGGACUAAGCACCUGAGUGAGAGCAAACAGCUGGAAUGGGAUCUGGCUGUGCAAGCAGAGUUUGUGAAUGUGUGCAAACAAAUUGAUGCCCUGAGUGUUUGCAGUGACACCAUUGAACUGUAGAAAGCUAUAAAAGUUUUAGCUAAUUUAUGUCUGAUUUUUAAUUGUAUAUUUGAAUUGUACUAUUAUUGUUGUUGUUGCAUUACAAUAUGUAGGUCACACCCUUCUUUGUAAAUACUGUACAGUUGGUAAAGUAUAUAAUCUAAACUUGGUUUUGAAAACUGACUUUGCUGCACGGUUUUCAGCAAUUUCACAGUUCUCUUACCUUCGCAUUAUGUUCUCAAUAUCAUAGCAGUAUUCUAAUUUCAUUCAUGAAUGUCAAGAAUCUACAAUGCUAACCUUGUGCAAACUGCUGUCAAAAUGUCGAAUGAAGCAGGAAGGUGGGUUUUAUUUCUAUUUUUAUAACUGAUACUAUGAACUCGACAGCGAAAAUCCAAGAGUAUUCAUAUAAAGGACAGCCCGGUGACAAACAA